CUAUACGUCAACGUAAUAUUAUGAAUAAAGGUGUUAAAAUCCAUGCGAUUUUAAAAAUAUUUAUAUCCUAACCAAAUAAAGAUAAAUUGAUUUAUUAUUACUUCGUAUUAGUAAUAAUAUAGUAUAGCUAUGGCUACAAUCACCCCACAUAUUACAGGACUUACCAAUAAGAAUAUAUUUCUUGUUGAAUUUAAGGAACCUUUCGUAGAAAAGAAUCUGAGGGACGAAUCAACUCCUAAUAUCCGCAGCAUUGUAUACAGUCCCAAAGGGUCCUAUCUUGCUUAUAGAACAGAUAAAAAGGCAGAGAUAAUAAAAUGUUCAGAUUGGUCAGUGGUGACAAGCAUAGACCGCAAUGUUAAGGAUAUGUUCUUCUCACCCCUGGAUAAUUACUUCAUGAUCUGGGAAUUGUUUGCUAUGACUAAAGAAAAUCCACAGGGAAAACCAAAUCUCCAUGUAUACAAAUCUGAUUCUGGUGCAAUUGUAGGUUCAUUCACCCAAAAGAACCAGACUGGGUGGGAACCACAAUGGUCGUCUGAUGAAAAACUCUUUGCGAUCCAAACAAAUAACCGAAUCCUGUUUUACGAAAAUGGCAAAUUGGAUCAUUACACAAAUUAUAUACAAGAGGAGAAACUCAAAUCUUUCAACCUAUCUCCAAGCCCUGGCCCUAAUUACUAUAUAUCCACUUUUACGUUGGGGAAGCAAGGUCAGCCGUCAGUAUGGCGCGUGUACAAGUUCCCCCAGUUCGACCCCACGCAGGCGGUCGUCACCCGUUCCUCCUUCCAAGCUGAUAAGGCUACCUUCCACUGGAAUCGGAGAGGCAUUAACCUUUUCACUUUGACACAGACUGAUGUAGAUAAGACUGGUGGUUCCUAUUACGGAAAGCAAUCUUUGUCCCAUGGAGAUAUCAAGGGAAACUCUGGAAAUAUGACAUUUAGCAAGGAAGGACCAAUCCACUCGCUGGCCUGGAACCCGGGCAACUCCAACGAGUGGGUGGCGGUGUACGGCCACGCGCCGGCCAAGGCGACCCUCUUCAACGCCAAGUGCGAGCCGCUCUAUGAAUUCGGCACCGGAGCUUGGAACUCUAUAUACUUCCCGCCAGAAGGGAACCACUUCCUAAUCGGCGGUUUCGGCAACAUAGCGGGCGGGAACAUAGAGAUAUGGGACAUGCGCGGCUACAAGAAGCUGGGGGCUUGCGCGGCGCCCGACACCACGUUCCUGCAGUGGGACCCGCGCGGCGAGAGCUUCGUCACGGCCACCACUUACCCGAGACUGACCGUCGGCAAUGGCUACAAAAUUUGGCAUUACACCGGCGUCCUCAUGUACAAACAUACCUGUCAAGAGAAGGAGAACCUCCUAGCGAUCAGCUUUAGACCAGGCAGCUAUCCCAAGAGUGAACUGACCAAGGCUGCGCCAAAAGGGAUUGAGGAUUCUACUCCGAAAGCAGUGGGGGCUUACAGACCCCCUGGGGCGAGGAACAAGCCGUCGACUUUCACCUUACACGAACAUGAGAAGCCGCAUAGACCGGGAGAAAAUGCUUCUGCUGCACCGUCGAAGCAAGCUCUGAAGCAGAAACAAAAGCGCGAAGCCCGCAAGGAGCGCAAAGCUGAAGAGCGGGCACAAGGCGUGGGCGACGCGCCCCCCGCGCCCGCCGCCCCCCGCCCCGCAUUCGUCUCCAGCGGCGACCCCGAAACUGACAAGAAGAUUAAAAAUCUUAAUAAGAAACUUUCGGACAUAGAGAAGCUAAAACAGCAGAAGGCGGCCGGAAAGCAGUUGGAAUUGAAUCAGCUGGCUAAGAUCGAAAAUGAACCGGCUCUUUUACAAGAGUUAGCGCAGCUGCGAUUAUGAUCUCAGUAUUCACGAAUUCUGGACUAUUGCAGAAUUCUUGAUGGCUAUGGUUUUGACAUAAAUGCAUUGUAAAAAUGUUUAUGUUAUGUGCCUUAUGGAUGGAGUUUUCAAUUAAUUUUUGCAUGUCUAUUAUUACCUAUAUCUAUAUUCUUCAUAAUUAUUCUCUCUCUAUGGAUAAACAAAAAAUCUUAUGAAGAUACGAUAUUACUCGCAAAUUAUAUUUUUCAAAUGAAGAUAAAGAAUUAUAUGUAAUACACAUAUAUAUAAUAUUUUCAAAUUAAUAUAUAUAUAUAUAUAUAUA